CGUCGCCGCCUCCCCGCACCAGCAGCGUCAGCCGCCUCAGCCAGCGCUGCAGAGCCCCGGCACCCCCUGGAAGAGCAGGAAGUACAGCCCGGGCGUGCAGGGACUACAUGAAGAAAUAAUUGACUUCUAUGACUUCAUGUCCCCUCGUCCGGAAGAAGCAGCUAUGAGAAGAGAAGUGGUGAAAAGGAUAGAAACGGUCAUCAAAGAUCUUUGGCCUACAGCUGAUGUCCAGAUAUUUGGCAGCUUUAGUACAGGGCUAUAUCUUCCAACUAGUGAUAUUGACUUAGUUGUUUUUGGGAAAUGGGAACGCCCCCCUUUACAGUUGCUGGAGCAAGCACUAAGAAAACACAAUGUGGCUGAGCCAUAUUCCAUCAAAGUACUUGAUAAAGCUACGGUACCAAUAAUAAAACUCACUGACCAGGAGACAGAAGUAAAAGUUGACAUCAGUUUUAAUGUAGAAACUGGUGUGAAGGCAGCUCGAUUUAUCAAGGAAUACAUGAAGAAAUAUUCCUUGCUGCCUUACUUGAUUUUAGUAUUAAAACAGUUCCUACUUCAGAGGGACUUGAAUGAAGUUUUUACUGGUGGAAUUAGCUCUUAUAGCCUUAUUUUAAUGGCAAUUAGUUUCCUGCAGCUGCAUCCAAGAAUUGAUGCCAGAAGAGCUGAUGAAAACCUUGGAAUGCUUCUGAUAGAAUUUUUUGAACUCUAUGGAAGAAAUUUUAACUACUUGAAAACUGGUAUUAGAAUAAAAAAUGGAGGUGCCUAUAUUGCCAAAGAAGAAAUCAUGAAAGUAAUGACAAAUGGAUACAGACCAUCCAUGUUAUGUAUUGAAGAUCCUCUGUUGCCUGGAAACGACGUUGGCAGAAGUUCUUACGGUGCCAUGCAAGUGAAACAAGUUUUUGAUUAUGCCUACAUUGUUCUUAGCCAUGCAGUAUCACCACUUGCAAGAUCAUAUCCAAAUAGAGAUUCUGAGAGCACAUUAGGUAGAAUCAUCAAAGUGACCCAAGAAGUGAUUGACUACAGGGCCUGGAUUAAAAAGAAGUGGGGGAGCAAAAUUAAUUUAUCACCUGAACUUGAUAAUAGGUUGAAAAUAAGAGACCAGAUAGCUCCAUGCAAUGGAGAACAGAACAACAACAGAGACUCUGAAUCAUCUUACAACCAACGUUUGACUUUGUCAUUGGCUAGUACACAACAGUUAUCCUCUGGCUCAUCUGCGUCGUCUGUAUCAUCACUCUCUGGCAGUGACAUUCAGCACACUGGGAUGAAGUUUUCCAUGAAAGGAACUCAUAACCAAGGCAACAGCUACAGUCCUGUCAACAGUGGAGGCAUGAGGCAACCAGUUGGUAACAGAGGACACCACCAGUACAAUCGUAAUAUAUGGAGAAGAAAAAAACACAGAGACAGUUUACCUAUUAGUCUGAGCAGAUAAUGGCAGAUGCCAAAAUGACCUUCCCUGUUCAGACAAACUGAUCGAGUGCCACUCGACUUAGGGGAUGGAGACCAGCGUCCAGCACAUCGUUUUAUUGGUGUUGCCAAAUAUCUGCAGCUGACUUCUUUGCAUGUUUCUUUGUGUGGUGGUUCAGUCCAUCUUCAAGAAGUAGUUGUGCUUAUCUGUGAAGCCUUAUUAAAUGUGGAAGUUUGUUUUUCUGCCUUCCCACAAUGGUUCAUACAGUGCCGAAGCAGCUCUGACAGUGGAACUGCAAGGACAUUUACAAAUGCUGUGGCUUUUUUUGCUGUGGCUACAUCUGUUCCUAUGUGGGUUCUGUUUUCUUUUAUUUUGGAAGUGAAGGAAACUUCAGCCCCUUCGAUUUUUUUUUUUCUUUGCAGCAAAUCAAGUUGGGAGUUCAAAAAAAUAAAUUUGCUGCACUCCUGUUUGUUUCAAAGUUCAGGAUUUUUUGCUCUGUAAAUAUUGGAGAUAUAAUUUGUGCAAUAACUUGGAAUUUAAUUUAAUUUCAUAUUGUCACAUAAGUUAUAUUUAAGGGGAAGAGGUUUUUUAAUUUACAGAUCCUUUCCCAGGUUGCAUUAUCUAAGUUGGGUUCAUAGUUUUGGCAGGUUGUCUGAGCAGUGUUACAAACAUGACAUUUGGUAAUAUUUGAGGCUUCUUGAUUCACAGUGGAAGAGCGAUUUGGCUUACAGUUUUAAGAAGGUAUUAAGCUCCAAAGCAUUUCGACCCUAUGUUUUUUUAGCUCAUUGUCUGGCCUCUUAUCAGUCUUCUUGCUCUGACCAAUGAGUUUCAAUUUUAUUCCUUUUAAUAGACAACAAAUCCAGCAUUCUUAGUAAUAGAAGUAAAACUUUUGAGGGAGGGGGGGAAGGUUGGUUCAAGUCCCGAUGUGAAAUUAAAAAGCGACGAACUACAUGCUUUGAUGCAUUUUAGUAAUGUAACCUGUUAAUGUUUGGGUUCAAACAACAUUAUUAAAUGGAGGUACCCGGCUUAAGGAAUGUGGAGAAAGGAAAUAUGUUGAUUCCAUUAAGGAAUCUGUAUAGCAGUAUGCAUUAGUUCUGUUAAGAGCAAAUAUAUAAAAAGUACUUCAGCUGCUCUAAGCAUUAUGAGAAGUAUCUUUUAAUGUAUUGCAGGAGAGCACAGCCCAGUGUUGUACGCAGUAUGAGUGGCUGGCACUUAAUUUACAGAUGCAUACAGGUAUACUAUGCAAGUGUGUAUUGCCAUGACAAACACUGUCUUUAACUUUUUGAAAAAUGUACAUCCUGCCUAACCCUGAGUUUUUAAAGCACCACAGUUGUCCUGGGAGUAGGUCACGUCUCAUGCCCUCUGACUUCCUGUUUUUUUAGUGAGAGUUCUUAAACUAUACAGAAAACUACAGAUCAGUUAUAUAAACUCAUUAGCAGAGAAAGCUGAAGAAUCCUGUUAACAGGACUUCUAUACUGUAUACAGAUAGAGAAGGUUUUAAAACUGUUAUCAGAGUGUUAAAAUGAGGUGUCAAGCAUGAAGCUUUUUAAUAUGCUGUAUGCCUUUGAAGCAGAAGUAGUUCAUGUUAUUACUGAAUCUGUCAAACAGGUCUUUGAGGGGAGAGAGGGCAACAUUCCAAAGUAGAGUAGUGCAUAUGUUUGCAAAAAGUUUGUCUUAAUGCUCCAGGUUCGUCACAAUUUUAAACAAAAAAAAAAAAAUUGUGAGCUGACUCAUAAAUAAUAUCUAAGGGCUGUUACAGGAGCCUGUACUGCUUAGUCUUCACACACUAGCAAUAUUGAGCAUAACUACAUUAAAGAGCCUUCAAAGGCUUUAGUUGGUGUCUUAUUCUAGCGUCCAUUUUAAGGUGAAAUUCAUUUAAAAGUGGUAUCAUGUAACACUUCAGUCAUGGUGAACCAAAUAAAUUGGCCUGGCUAUCACUGUGGUUAUGUGCUACAGGUUUGAAAAAAAAAAAAAUCAUGUUUAAAUUUUUUGUGUGGACAACUAUGUGGAAGCUAAAAUUGACAUAUUUUUAUGUAAAGUUUUCUAUUCUUUGAUUUUUAAUAAACUUUGGAGACCAGUCACUCUUACGUACAUUUUUAUGGGGAAUGUAAUGAAGUAAUAUUUGACCUUAUCCCAUUGUUUGAUGGGUAAUUUGAACAGCAAUUUCAAUACGUGUGCCAGACAUCUUCAGAAUGAAUUGGGAAGUUGGAUGGAUGGGUGUCAUCUGCAUACUGUUCUUUGUAUUUAUGAAGGGAACAACCAAUACAGCUGUUGGUUUCAUA